AUGCUUCCCUUGCGACAGACGUUACGCGUCACUCGCACGGCCGCGUCGCCGAGACCAUGGGCUGGCUGGCACCGCCAACGACGAGCGGCGGCCCAAGGCUGCUUCUCGACACAGCAGGCCAAAAGAUAUGAUGGCGCGUCGCCCGAUCCGAACCCCAAUCCGAGCCCGAGCGCGGGGCGCGCCCAUGCGGCGGGCCGCGGCGAGGAGCCGUCGCUGCUCGCCAAGAUGGGCGAGUCGGCGGCGACGACGUUCGCCUCCAUCUUCGUGCUCGGCAUCGGCUUCGCCGCCGCCGGCUACCUCUACCACAAGAGCUACAAGCGGCUCGUCCUCUCCAAGAUGACGCACGCCUUCGAGCCGGGCGACCCCGUGCUCGACCUCGCGGCCAUGGGCAAGGACGCGCCCUCGCACUCGCACGCGAAGCCCGACGAGGAGGAGCACUGGGUCGUCCGGCCGGAGCAGAGCCGGGUCGACGAAAUCAUCGGCGGCCGCGAGAGGGGCCACUACUACCUCCUCAUGGGCGAAAAGGGCACGGGAAAGAGCAGCAUGAUCAUCGACGCCAUGCGCAAGGUCGACGGCGACGGCGUCGCCAUGUUCGAGGCCCACUCGGACCCCGAGAUCUUCCGCAUCCGCCUCGGCAAGGCGCUCGACUACGAGUACCACGAGGACUACAUCGGCGGCUACUUCAGCGAGCGGGGGCCGCGCGAGACGACGGCCCUCCUCGACAUCGAGCGCGCCCUCAACAAGCUCGAGAAGGUGGCGCUCAAGAUGCUGCCCCUCCGCGGCAAGCCGCUCGUCGUCGUCGUCAACCAGAUGCACCUCCUCCGCAACGACGACGACGGCCGCCACCUCAUCGAGCUGCUCCAGCAGCGGGCCGAGCAGUGGGCGGCGUCCAACCUCGUCACCAUGGUCUUCAACUCGGACGACUACUGGGUCUACGAGCGGCUCAAGCUGCUCGCCACCCGCAUGGAGGUGCUGCCCGUCACCGACCUGCCGAAGCAGCAGGCCAUCACGGCCCUGCGCAACUACCGGCUGCGCUACUUUGGCGAGCACCUCGACGCCGACAGGCUCGAGGACGUCUACGACCACGUCGGCGGUCGGCUGAGCUUCCUCAACCGCGUGGCCAAGAGCGACGACAUGGCCAAGACGUGCAACCACAUCAAGGAGGUCGAGAAGAAGUGGUUCCUCAAUCAGUGCUGGAUCCUCGGCUCCGAGAUGGACGACGACGUCAUGGAUCAGCAGAAGUGGGCCGCCGCCGCCAUGGUUCUCGCCCACGCGCUCGUCGAGAAGGAGCAGGAGAUGGAGCGGACCUACGACCCCGUCGUCGGCCACAUGCUGCCGUCGUACCCCUUCCACAUCGCCCAGGAGCUCAUGACGAGGUGCGACUUUGUCCGCGAGCUCGACAGCCUCAACCUCUUCACCAUCACGAGCCGGGCUGAGGUGCGGGCGAGCAGCGUGCCGAUGCACCGCGCCUUCCAGGAGAUCUGCGCCGAGCCCGGCUUCCGGAAGCACCUCGACGACACCAUCCAGCGCAUCAGCGACAUCGAGAGCUUGGGCCGCACGCGAGAGCUCGUCGCCAAGGACCUCGUCCUCGGCGGCCAAUACGACAUCCACCAGACCCGUGCCGGCUUCACCCUCACGCUCAAGCAGCCGGAGGAGGAAGGGGAGGAGGGCAAGUCUCACAUCAGCAGCCAUGUCGCCGCAGGCCUCUACGAACGGAACAGCCAGGGGCAGCGCGCUGCUUCCGAGAUGGGUCCACGUGCAGCCGAGGGUCUGCUAGAGGAGGAGAAGGAGGAGAAGGAGGAGAAGAAGGAGAAGAAGGGGAAGAAGGAGAAGAAAAAGGCUUCGUCUCAGAUCGAAUCGUCCCAGCCGCUUGCCGAAGACGACGGCUCGAGGAAGCAGAAGAAAUCCAAAAGAAAGUCGACUGCGGAAGCCGACGUCGGCGACGGCGAACCAGCGGUCAUGGAAAACGGCACCCAAGCCGGUGAGGUCGUGCCGGCGGCCGGUGCCGUAACCGACGACUGCGACGACGCGGUUACCCAUUUGAAGAAGAAGCGCAAGCUGUCCGAUUCGGCAGCGAGCCAGGAAGAAAGAAAACGACGACGGCCUCGGCAGGAGGACGACGACGGUUUCUUGCGAAAGGAGAACGAGGAAGGGAAGGACAAGGCGAUGGACGAGGACGGCAGAGUCGACGAGUCCGACGUACAGCUAUCGCCCACCGUCGCCCACCUUGGGCGUCGCAGCCAAGCCGAGGCUCGCUCGAGGGAGAAUAGCGCUCCACUUGCGGCUGCCGAUGGGAUGGACGUCGACCGAAGCGAAGCACCUGCGGCAGCCGACGUCGAGGUCGAGACCCUCGCCCGGGAGGCCUGGAAGGAGCACCGAUCGAGCCAAGGUCGUGCGAAGAGGCCAUCGCGGGAAGCCCAGGAAGCCCAGGAAGCGACGGCCUCAUCGGCGUCGAGGACGCGUUCGGCGAGAAGAAAGGCGAAGCCGACGUACUUCGACCAAGCACCCGUCGACGAGCCCGAGGCCAACCGUGCGGCGCUCGCUGCGCUGCCGUCGCCGGCGGCGGCGACGCCGAAGCGGCGCCAACGGACCAAGGCGGCGUCCAAGAAGGCGUCCAAGGCGGCGUCCAAGGAUCAAGCGCCGGCCGGCGAGCGACGCGGCAUGACGCAGGGCGAGAGCCGUCGCGGCGACUACGUCCAGGGCCGGUUCACGGAUGAAGAGCUCGCUCGCAUCGGAAGAGCCGUCGAGGCCUUCCGGACCGACAGCGGCUUGACGAGGGAGCAGGUCAACGAGGUAAGCGUCCUUCGGCACGACCACGCCAUGGCCAGCCCACUCACGACUCGCAUGCAGAUGAUCCAGGCACCCGGCGGAACGACGGCGGGCGACGCCCACGCGCAGCUCUGGGUCCGCAUCUUCGCCGAAUGCCCGGACCGUCAUCGGCAAAAGGUCAUCAACAUCUGCCGGAAAAAGUUUCACAACUUCGUCGCCCGCGGCACCUGGACGGCGGAGCAGGACGGCGAGCUCGGCGAGCUCAUCGGCGUGCACGGCCCGAGGUGGUCCAAGAUCGCGGGCAUCAUCAACCGACACCCCGAAGACCUGCGCGACCGCUACCGAAACUACCUCGUCUGCGGCGCCCACCAGCGAAAGGACGCGUGGGACGAGGACGAGGAGGCGCGGCUGACGCAGUUCAUCAUCGAAGCCAUGGAGAUCAUCGACGAGCUGCGCGAGGCGGGCACCAACGAGCAGCUGCGCGACCGGUCGUACGAGGAGCUGAUCGACUGGCAAAACAUCAGCGAGCGGAUGGGCCGGUCGAGGAGUCGACUCCAGUGCAUCACCAAGUGGAAGUCGAUGAACAUCCGGACCAACGGCAAGGACAAGCUCGUGUCGGCCGAGCCCGACGCGCAGAUUUCCUUCCGGCUCGAGAAGGCACGUCGGCAGCUGUCGGCCAUGCCGGACGAGGAACGCUUCCGCCUCGUGCUCGCCAUCCAGGCCUCGGCCGUCGGCAGCGACGGCAAGAUUCCGUGGCCCCGGCUCGUCGACAAGCCGUUCCGCAACAAGUGGCACCGGACGACGCAGGUGCUGCUCUGGCGCCGGCUGAAGCGGACGGUGCCGGGCUGGGAGAGGCAAGCGACGCGAGACACGGCCCUCCACCUGGUGGAGCAGUACAAGCAAACGGGCGAACUGCCCGUCGUCGACGGGGCCGGCUGCGACGACGGCGAGGAGAUGGCCCUGGUGAAGAGCGUGCCGUCGGGAACGACGGCCGGCCGGAGGUCGCGUAAGCAGGGCGCGGCGAGGAGCGGCGAGUUUGUCGAGGGUUCCGACGUCGACGACGGCCCAGCCCACGACGACGACGGCGAGGCCGGCGAGGACACCGAGGGCAUGCAGAUCGAUCCCGCCCUCACGCCAUCGCUGCCCAAGGCGACGGAGCAGAGCGGCGCCGAGAAGGCGGCACCAAGACGACGGGGCAAGAAGGCGGCGGCGAAUGGACCGAGGGAGCCUGCCGAGGAGGGCGAGCUUCCCGGGCCGUUGCCCGUGCCGCGCGAGGAGGACGGACCCGAGGCGGACGAGGCGGCGCGUGCGGCGAAGAGGACGCCGAGGAAGGCCAGGUCGACGGCGGCCAAGGGGCACGGCGACACCCCCUCUGGGGUGGCCUAUUCCGACAGCGUCAUGGAUGACAUGGAGGAUCUGCCGGCCCGCGUGGCGGCCUAG